AUGCACUGUAACACGUGCUUCAGACGACAAUCGCAAAUAAAACUGUGGCUUACCUCUUGUGGUCAUCUGACUUGUCCCGAUUGUUAUCUGGAUGGUAUGCUGAUACGCAGACUAUUCUUCGAAUUAUUUUAUUUCAGCUGUGAAAAAUCCGACGAAAGUUUGCCCACUAUGCAAGAAGAAGUGCCAAGCUCUCGAGAUAAGCAGAACCAUGCGACCGGACAUGCUAGUCCGACACAUAUAUUUCUUUUCAAUUCAUGCAGAAGUUUUAAGGAUUUGUUCCGCGACCCGAAGGAGUACGUGGGCGAGCUGGUGAAAAAAUUGCAGCUGACGAUGGAAUUUCAGUCCAAGAAUCGCAAUCACUUGCACAAGAGGAAAAUUCGCAAAAGUUUUUGGACUUUCUUUUUUCUGAAUAUCUUCUGAAAGUCAGGAAGCCAAGGAGAAAGAAUUUCUGGAGAGGGCGAAAGGUGGAAUAUAAUCGACAAGUGGAAUCUUUGAGGGUGAGAUUUGAUUUUUUCGAAAGUUUAGGAUAAUGAUUGCAGAGUUUCGAAAUCCAACUUGAAAGACACCCUUCAAGAGUACGAAGUGUGCAAGAUCCGCCAAGAGGAGACGAAGCAGAAGUUUUUUGAGAGCUUUUUUUCACCACCAAGUUCUGAAUGACUUUAUUUCAAGACUUGUGAGGAUGGAAGAGGAACGUCGACGUCUGAAACAACUCCUGGAACAUCGCGAAAUGAUUCGGAUCAAAAAGAAGAAGUAUAAAUUGAAGCAGCUGGAGAAGGAGGCCGACAUUUUUCCCGCGGCCGACGAAACUACUCAAGCCCCCGAUUUGGAGAGCCUUUUUUCAGGUUUCCUAAUGGUUCUUUGUUUAUGGAAUUGUUGAAUUUUCGUCGAUCAUGAAAAAAUUUCGGAGUUUUGAACUUGCCAUUGUGGAUUUCCUUGUUUUUACAGUAUUUAAUCUUUAUAGUUCAAGAAGUCUACAUAGGACUCGCAAGACAUGAAUUAACACUAAAAACGGCUCUUCGUGUUGAUAAUUUCAUGAGUAUGCUCCUUUAAAUUGGUACAGAAAUACAGACUGUUGAUUUUACGAUAAUUUUUUUUUCCGAUAAUUUGCUAUCUCUUUCAUUUUUUCACUCACUAUAGCCCAAGCUUGUCACUUUUUUUCUUUCCGCCAAAAGUACCGUAAUCAGAUCAAAAUUGAGCACCUUCGUUUCAAGACCUGUUUUGCUGUGUUUUUAACAGUUUCUUUGAGCAAAAAUUUAUAAUUUUUUUUUCUUUUCUUCUAAAGUGUGCCCACGGAACGCACUAUAGCUAAUCUGGGACCAAAUCUCCAAAAAAAAAAAAACUGUUUUUUCGAAGUUUUCGACACGAUAAUGGGAAAAAAAUAUGAUAUUUAAUUGUCGACUUUUUACUUCAAAAAGUAGUAUUGAUUAUGGAAAAAUGUUUAAAAAAAAGGAAACUUCAAAAAGAAAAUAUAGCUGAAUCCUAUAAACUGCUUUUUUUGCUCUACCUUUCACUAAAAUUUUUUUUUUUUGACGUUUUACUUUCUGGCUUGCACUGAAUGCCUAAACGACUUCCUGAAUUCCAAAACCCGAAAGAUUUUUUAAUCCCCAUGAAAGGAAAAAAAUCCGGAAUCUAGUCAUUUUCCUCACAAGGGAGGUCAUUUUACUUGGGAUUUUUCUGGUUGGGAUUUUUCUGCAAGUUGGCCAGAAUGCUUCUUGUUGUACUAGGUGACGACCCUGAAAGUUUCAACCUGCACAACUUCCUCGUUUUUGAGAAAAGACGCCUAUAAGUUUAAGAAAACCCAUAAAAUGGUCUAUUUUGGGGCUUUAGGUCCUUAUUUCUCGAAAACUAGGAAGUUGUGCAGAUUGAGACUUUCAGGAUCUUCACCUGGUACAUCAAGAAGUGUUCUGGCCGAGUAAAAUGACUUCCCCUGACAAGUUCUGAACUCAAAAUCCUUUUUUUCCAGAAUCCUUCUCAAACGAUUUAUCCGAAAGUGAUACUUCUUCGGAAAUCGCCACCAGCACACCCUUGUUCACUGUAAACGUGAUAAUUGCCCCAUAUUAUUUUUGAAUAAUUAAAAUACUUCCAGCAAUCCCAAAGGGUGAAACACUUGCGGGAAAUGUUCUCCGGCGGUCAACAUUUACCCUCGCCGAUCAUCGGCCAUUCCAAGUUUGAUGCAGAGUUUGUUUCUGGUGCUUCAGAAAAAAAAAGUUCUUUUAAUUUUUAGAAAAAUCAGAAAAAAUGUUAUUUAGAAAUUUUGUUAUAGAAAAUAAUCACAGGGGAAUUCAAAAAUGCACAAUUUUGUUGAAAAUCGAACAUUUUCGGGCUCAAAUUGACUAAAAAAAUAGAUUUACGAAAGAAAAAAACGUCAAUUUCUCGCUGUAGAUGAUCUUCAUUUGAUAAAAGUUUAUUGGAGUCGAAAUUUUCGUCAAUUUUUGACUUAUUUUCGAUUCCUGUAAAAUCAUUAUUUUCCAUUGAAAUUCACAAAAAUUGACCCAAAAUCUGACGUUUUUCAGGACAUCAAAAAAAGUGAUCUAAAAUAGGAUAAAUACGAAAAAAAUAACUGAACUAGGAGCUCUAGAUCCUUAACCGCUUUUCAGAAAAAAAUCAGAAAAAUCUAGGCUUUUCCCGAACUUCAAUCAUAAACUUCAGUCGAAACUACAAAAUUCCACUGAAAAAUUAUUUUUUCACACGGAAUCUGACAUUAAGGCUAUUAAUAUAUAUCCUUUACCAAGGAUAAAUCGAAAAUUCAGCGAAAAUAGAAGCUUUAAUCUUUUUUCCUUAGUUUUUUCCCGUUUUCAGAUAACCUGAAAAUCUAGACUUUCCCGAAAUUCAACUUUAAAUUUCAGUCGAAAAUACAAAAUUCCGAUGGGAAAACUAUUUUUCCAGACGCUCCCCCUCGGAUUUCCUGUUCGCGACGAGCACGCCGCUCAGGCCUUUUUCAAAUGAUCCGUUCUAG